ACAACUCAACUUGCAGCGGAGGGAGCGGAGAGGACGCAUGUGGCAAGGCUCGGCUGGUUUGGUUUGGCUGUGUGCAUGGAUGUAAAGCCUAUUUCUCUCUUUCAGUGGAUGCACUGAUGUUGAUAGGACGUUGGGCUGAUAGAUAAGGGAAGACACAACUGCUGGCAAACAUUACAGUGUCAUUUCUGCGCGCGGUAUGGACGGUUUGCAGACAGAAAAUGCUGGAGUUGGCGGCAUCGAGGAAAACGACGAGGAGAGGUAUCGCACUCUAGUAUAUGACACUGCUCUGAGCACGUUGGUGGUUGUGGCCGUGUAUGUGGUGGUUAAAGUGAGUCUGGACGGCUUCAGACAGUGGCGGGCCAGGAUCUCGGUGCUCAUCGUGGGUUCGGGACCUGUGGGGCUGACGGCCGCGCUGGUCGCUGUCCGCUCCGGUAAGGUGCUGAAACUGACCGUGCUGGAUGAGAGGUACCGGACUGCCUUGCUCUGCCGGCCCCAGCAGAUCGCCUUGGAUCCCCGGAGUGUGAAGUUUCUGCUGGGACUCGGAGUGGACUUUGAUAACAUGGAGGGCUGUUGGCACAACGAGCAUUUCUUCACCAGGAUAGGCGUGUUUCAGGAGUACCUGCUGAGCAUCCUGGAGCAGAAGAAGCUGAAGGUGGACGUCAAGGUGCAGCUGGGAACCAAGUUUACAGAGGAAUACCUGCGGCGGAUCCAGCGGAAUCAGUGGCCGCGUGUGAUCGUGGUGGCUGACGGGUCGUGUGGUGACUCCUGCUCGGUGCUGGGCAUCAGCUCUGACUACAGCGUGGAGUCCUGCCAUGCUUAUGGAGCUAAUGCAACUAUAGAGAGACUAGACCAGAGACAGGUACCCACUCCUGAGAUCCGUGCCCACCGCCUCUACUUCGACCUGUCCGCUUACGGAGUGGAGGCCCUCCGAGAGCCCCGAAAUCCCACGGCCAAACCUGGCUUUCACCUCAAGAUCUAUGGCACCUUCAGAAAUCGCUACCUGGCCCUCGCCUGCCCCGCAUCUGACACCAAGAUGGUUCGCUUCCUCAGGCACACGGCCAACUCCUCUAUCAUGAAGAACAUUUUCCACCAGUCCUUCAAUGUUUAUAAGACGGACAUAGAGCCUCGUCUCAACGACGUGACGCUCCACCAUAUGCAGUGCAGCCGCCGUCUUUUUGAGAUUCAGCUAUCACACAGACGCAUCAGCGCUGCCUUCAUAGAGGGCGACAAUGUGGCAGUCACUGUGGAGGGGGAGGCGGCACGCGUCCUCAACUUCGACACAGGUUGUGGAGUGAAUCUAGGUAUGCGAGGUCUGGAGUCAAUGGGGACGUUCAUUUACCGGACAGCCACCGCUGUGGACCAGAAUGAUAUUCUAGAGGCGCUGUCGGCUAAAAUGCAGCACUCCAGACAGGUGGCUGAGACAUUCAAGCAGACAGGCCUGCCUCAAUCAAUGUAUGAAUGAAACACGAGGACGGCCAGGUGAAUGCAUGAUGCCACCUAGUGGGAAGAGGUGAUGGAUUAUUUGUGUUUACACUGAAUAUUUACAGGAAAUCAUGAGCCUGAUGUUGAAAUGGCCACUAAUUGUUACAUACUGUAUGGAGAUGACCGAGCGUGAGCUGUGAACAGAUGGAUGAUGGGUGUAAAGAUGUGACCCUAAGUCUUUGUGACAUACGAUGGGUGACUCUAUUCAUCAUGGAUGGAGCGAGAAAAGUCAAGGCCACAUUUGGUACAAAACAUUUGAAGUUGUUUUGUUUUUCAGGUUGCAAAACGUGUUGAUACAAACUGUGGCAGAAAGAGAUGCAAUAUCUUCGAAUGUUGAAAUGAAACAACAUACAGUACAUUGACUAAUAAUGAACUGCACUGGAUUUGGAUUUCUCUGUUCAGUGUGAGAAUGCAGGGGAAUAAGAUUAGGAGUAGUUGGAACAAAUGAAAUGUUUUUCAUCACUCUCAUCUUCUCCUUUUAUUAAGGAAAGAAUUGACUUGAUUUCCAAAAUCUAGCCGAUUGUGUUCUUUGGACAUCAAUGAGACUGUGGAGUAGCAUCUAGUAGCAACGUGUACUUGAUGUGUAGGUAUUUUCACUCACUUUUCUCCAAAUACCUCCACAACAUCAAGUACACGUUACCCCAGUAAAAAUGCAUAUUUCCUGGGUAAAGUACCUCCAGAACACCUCCCUGGACUGCCUGGAUGAAUUUAUUUCUCGUUUUCUUUCUAAGUGUUUUCAAACUUUAACUUUUUUUUUUUCUAGCUAGAGAUGAAUCAUGUAUAAAACUGUUAUUGUCCGUGAUUCAACAGAGAAACACAAGUGUAGAAUCCGAUAAUUGUGGUGAUGACGUUGUAAAGUAUUUGCUAGGGUGCCCUUUUCUGUGUGCUUUUAGGGUACUGCUCCCAUACAGUGGGCCAACUGUAGUAUCACAAAUGUCACUGUUUACUUUUCAUUUUUAAAUGUUGCUUCUAAGUGAUCUAGAAGAACUCAAGUAUCACCCCUAAAAGUACAUUAUUUCAGAUGGAGAGUAUGCUGGUAAUAACAUCCUGCUCCUAUUGAAGUGCCAAUAAAGAUGCUGAUUUGGCAUAAGUUAUAUGGAUGGUCUUUACUUGAAACUCUUGUAUUUGUUUAAUUAGACAUUAAAUGUAAUUUAAUAAAGAGUAAAGAAACCAAAAUGUAGUAACUAGUCAGACCAAACUGUCUGCAAAUUAAGAUAAAAAUAAUGAAAUCUUCGAAAACAGACUUAUCUGUUGAGCUCUGUCGGUGUCUGAUUACUCAUCAAGUUUUACAAGCUGUUGUGUAAAUAACUUAAUAUUUGUGAGCUACACCCCCUGCAGACAGGACAGUGUAACGUGUUGUUUCCAUAAUGGCUGAUAUGAGGCAGGACCGUCCUCUAGUGGUGUAGCCUGUCUGUUGCAGCUGCUGAGCCUCAAACGUCAAUACCUCUCAGCCCUGUUUGUUUAGGACGAUUUAUUUGGUAUUUAAUGAAUAAAAGUAAUCGACCCCUCACAUGUAACUUUGCUUAAGGUCACCAAUGGAACUGACAGGGACAUA